AUGUCAGCCGAUGAUUCUCAAUUGCCGGCACUCCCACUGCCGCUGGAUGAGCAGCUGGAGGAGAAAGAACGCAAGAUUCGGCAAAUUUUGGCCUACAAGGGCAGAUCAACGGCGUUGAUCCACAACAUCAAACAGUUGCAGCAGUUGAACACCAAGUAUGAGAACGACCUAGUCUACAUCCAGGAUUAUAUCAGCAAACUACUCAAAUGA